AUGAACAACCCGCUACGCCCAAGCCACCUCCCCUCCAACCUCGGCGGACCAGGCGACUCGCGCCCGACGGCCUUGCAAAUCAUCGCAGACAACCACUUGGAAAACGCGCUUGGUGACAAAGUCAUGCUUGUGACGGGCUGCUCGAGCGGUCUGGGCGUCGAAACCGUCCGGGCCCUCGCGGCCACGGGGGCAAAAGUGUACGCGACGGUCCGAAACCUCUCCAAAGGCCGCGCCGCGCUGGCGGACCUCCUGGACGGUGGAAAAGGGCGGGCGCGAGUCGAGCUCCUCGAGCUCGACACGGCAGAUUUUGCGAGCGUGCGGCGUUGCGCGGCGACCUUCCUCGAGCGCGAAGAGAAGCUGCACGUCCUGGUCAACAACGCGGGCGUCAUGGCGAUUCCGCAGCGCGAGGUGACGCGGGACGGACAAGAGCUGCAGUUCCAGACGAACCACCUCGGCCACUUUUUGCUGUUCCAGCUUCUCAAGCCCGCGCUGCUUAGGGGGGGUGCGACGCCGGGUUUCCAUUCACGCGUGGUCAACGUCUCGUCCAUCGGCCACCGCGCGAGUCGAGUCAUGUUUGACGAUCUGACUUUGUCAAAACCGGGAGCUUACACUCCCUUCGGCGCGUACGGCCAGUCCAAGACGGCGAAUAUAUACAUGGCCAACGAGAUCGAACGGCGCUACGGCGGUCCCAGAGGCGUCUUGCACGCCUGGUCGCUGCACCCCGGGGGCAUCGCCACGGGUCUAGCCGUGCACGUCGACUUCUCGGCCAUCCUCGCGCUUCCCGAGGUCCAGCGCACGACCAAAUCCGUCGAGCAGGGCGCCGCCACCACGGUCCUCGCGGCCGUCGAUAAGGAGCUGGAAGGCGCCGGCGGGAAAUUUUUGGAUGAUUGUACCGUCGCUCCACAGGUUAGGGGCGAUCAGGCUGAGGUGUUGCACGCGCCGGGACAUGCUGAGUGGUGCUAUGAUGUUGGGGAGGCGAGGAGGUUGUGGAGUGUUAGUUGCCAGAUCGUGGGGGUUGAGGAUGAUGAUGAGUGA